AUGUCGCCUCCGCCGGGCGACGCGGGCCCGGGGCCGCCGCGGACGCUGUCCCUCGCCGCGCGGCUGAGCUUCGCGGUCGGGCACUUCCUCAACGACCUGUGCGCGGGCAUGUGGUUCACCUACCUGCUGCUGUUCCUGCACUCGGUGCGCGGCUACAGCUCGCGGGGCGCCGGGCUGCUGCUGCUGCUCGGCCAGGCGGCCGACGGGCUCUGCACGCCGCUCGUGGGCUACGAGGCCGACCGCGCCGCCUGCGCGCGCUGCGGGCCCCGCAAGGCCUGGCACCUGGCGGGCACCGUCUGUGUCCUGCUGUCUUUCCCGUUCAUCUUCAGCCCGUGCCUCGGCUGCGGGGAGGCCACCCCUGAGUGGGCCGCCCUGCUCUAUUACGGACCCUUCAUCGUCAUCUUCCAGUUUGGCUGGGCUGCCACGCAGAUUGCCCACCUGAGUCUCAUCCCAGAGCUGGUGACCAGUGACCACGAGAAGGUGGAGCUCACAGCCCUCAGGUAUGCGUUCACCGUGGUGGCCAACAUCACGGUGUAUGGCGCCGCCUGGCUGCUGCUCCAUCUGCAGGGCUCCUCACAUGCUGGGCACGACAUCAGUGUGGGUGACCAGCUGGGAGUCCAGGAUGUGCCAGUGUUUCGGAACCUGGCCCUGCUGGUGGUGGGCGUGGGAGCCAUCUUCUCCCUGCUCUUCCAUCUGGGAACCAAGGAGGGGCGGCGGCGGCCCCAGGGCACGGAACCUGAUGAGCACAGCCCCUUGGUGGCCCCUACAGCCCGGCCACAUCUGCUCUGGAAACACUGGCUUCGGGAGCCAGCUUUCUAUCAGGUGGGCAUGCUGUACAUGACCACGAGGCUGAUUGUGAACCUGUCUCAGACCUACAUUGCCAUGUACCUGAGUUACUCUCUCAGCCUGCCCAAGAAGUUCAUCGCCACCAUCCCUCUGGUGAUGUACUUGAGUGGUUUCAUCUCCUCCUUCCUCAUGAAGCCAGUCAACAGGCGCAUAGGGAGGAAUAUGACCUACUUCAGCGGGCUGCUGGUGAUCCUGGCCUUCGCAGCAUGGGUGGCCGUGGUAGAUAAGCUGGGCGUGGCCGUGUACGGGGCUGCUGUGCUGCUGGGCGCCGGCUGCGCCACCAUCCUUGUCACCUCGCUGGCCAUGACCGCCGACCUCAUUGGCCCCCACACGCACAGUGGAGCCUUCGUGUAUGGUGCUAUGAGCUUCUCGGACAAGGUGGCCAACGGGCUGGCGGUGAUGGUCGUGCAGAGCCUGCAUCCCUGCCCUUCCGAGCUGUGCUGCAGGGCCUGCGUUGGCUUCUACCACUGGGUGAUGGUGGUCGUGACGGGCGGCGUGGGUGUGGCCGCGGCCCUGGCUCUCUGCAGCCUCCUCAUCUGGCCCAUCCGCAUUCGCACCCGGGACCUCGGAGACCGGCCCUGACUUGGCUCCCCGGGGCAACAGGACGAAGGACCAGGCCGACGCCCUAACCCCCUGACCCCCCACCUGCUUGGGGUCAGAGGGCACGGUGUGCGAGUGGGGGGUUGUCCCGCCCCAGCCGUGGACUCGGACUCGGCCUGGAGCAGGGACUGGGAGGCCAGGGCCUCGGUCAGCCCGCGGGGACGGUCGGGAGCCAGGGUGGGUAAAGCGUGGCCGAGGCUGGAGGACAGAGGCCCCGGGUCGUGCGGACCGGCGAGGGAGGGACGCGCAGGCACGGUGGGCAGUAGGGCUUUAUCAGAGCGAGGGCGUGAAGGCCGGGGGCGGCUGCCCGGUGGCCGGGCAGGGGCGCUGCCCGCCGCGCUGCCUGAAGUCCUGCGAGGUGUAGCGCGGCCGCUGUGGCGGCGACAGGUCGGGCACGUAGUUGGACCGCUUGGGCUGCUCCGUCCCAAACUGGUUCCUGUUGACCACUGGGGACCCGGACCCUGCUCAGAGGCUGGCACGGCGGGACCCUCGGCCUGCUGGCCCCGCCCACAGCGGGCG